CUUGGUUCUCUUGUCUGCCCGCUGGCUGGCUGGCGCGCGUGCCUUUCUCUCGCUCUCUCUGGGUGUGCGCGCGUGUAUCUGCCAGUUCCUUGAAGCAAAAGGAGAAGACGGCGAAGAAGCGCAGUGGUAUGUCCCUGUACUCAGUCCUGCCCCCCAAAGUGGAGAUGAACAAGAUCCAAGGAAGGGAAACCAUCUCUUAGACUCCAAGCCAGGAUGGUGCACCUGCAGCAGCCCCUGCCUCUGGUUGUGGUGGUGCAGAGCUUCCUCCCGCUUAUAUUUUGUGAUGCAAAGCAAAUCUUUCAUGCCACAGACAUACUGGACUGGGAGGACAAAGAUGCUGCGGACACACUGGUUGAUAAUGUAGUUCACUCAAGGAUCAUCAACCCUUUGCGCCUCUUUGUUAAGCCAUCUCCAGCACUAAAACAUGGGCAGAUGUCAUAUUCAGACAGCAUAGACAACUUUUGGGAUUGGUUGUCCAACAUCACUGAGGUUCAAGAAUCUCUGGCACGAACUAAACGUAGACCAAUUGUAAAAACCGGAAAAUUCAAGAAAAUGUUUGGGUGGGGAGACUUCCAUUCUAACAUCAAAACUGUGAAACUGAAUCUUCUCAUAACAGGGAAAAUUGUUGACCAUGGCAAUGGAACCUUCAGUGUUUAUUUCCGGCACAAUUCAACAGGCCUUGGAAAUGUUUCUGUGAGCCUGGUGCCACCUUCCAAGGUGGUGGAGUUUGAGUCUUCACCACAGUCCACGUUAGAGACCAAGGAGUCAAAGUCUUUCAACUGUCGCAUUGAAUAUGAAAAAACAGACAGGGCUAAGAAAACUGCAUUGUGUAACUUUGACCCUUCAAAGAUCUGCUACCAAGAGCAGACACAAAGCCAUGUAUCCUGGUUGUGUUCUAAACCAUUUAAAGUAAUCUGUAUUUACAUUGCUUUUUACAGUGUUGAUUACAAACUGGUGCAGAAGGUUUGCCCUGAUUACAACUACCACAGCGAGACGCCAUAUUUGUCCUCUGGAUGAUGUGCUCUAUCCUCUUUUCAGUGACUGUUCAAGCAGAGUGUUGAUAAUCUGUCAUUUUAAUUUUAACCUUCUUCUUGGGACCGUUCUUCCUAAUCAGGUUAUAUGAGAAAUGUUUCCCCCCAUAAAUGAAAAUAAUCCUGCAUCCAUGGGCUGGUUCGCCAGGCAUGUUAUUUACUUGAUGACUACAACAUGAAGUGGCGAUAUGAUCUGUGAUGGCAAACACCAUAGAUUGAGUUUUCAUAGCACUGCAGAUUCACGUCUUUUUAUGGAGUCAGUUCACGCUUUCAGCAGUAAGUCAACAGUGAGUGAUGUUUAUGCAUGUGUGAACCAGCCUUAAGUCUGUGCUAUUAUAAAUAGUUUAAUCUUCAGACACCAACAUGUCACUUUACCAUAUAUUUAAUUUCUGACUUUCUUAUUAAUUGGGGAAACAGCAGGCAGGUUGUAUCCUAAGAAAGUCAUGACUAAGCUCCACUGAAAUUAAUGAAGUGUUAAUCAUUACUAACAAGUCCCAUUCAUGUCAGUGGGAUGCUGGAAUUCUAACUUCCUUAGGAUACAUCCCAUUAUCAAUAUGUGGAUAAGGAGAAACAAACCAACAUCAGAAGCUCUAUGACUCCAUAGCUAAUUGUCCUACUCUAAGGCUUGCUUUAACAGCAGAUAAGUAUUGGAGAUAACACUUCGACAUCAACAUUUUAGGGAUGUUACAACAGCACUUCGUAUCAAAGUGCCAAAGCAAAUAUUUAGGGCAAACAUUUGUUGGGAUUUUGAGAGAAGUUGAGUAGUACUAUAUGAUUAGGUAAAUUUUUGCAGGAAAGGAGCUCACACACCUCAAAAGUUGCCAUUGAAUUUUGCCAAAAGCCUAGCCAAAACUUUAUAGGAACUGAAAUGUCAAAUUUCAGUUUUGCAUAAUUAUCGGGGAAUAGGAAAGCUGCAUACCACUAGAAUCAAUGUUGGUUUCUACGAUUCCCUUCCUACUGAGGAAGGUCCUUCUGCCAGAGGAGCUGGAGGCAACCUUUCAGUCCAGUCCACAGCAAAUAUUAAAGUACAUUUUUGUGGUUGCUUUAAGAUCAGUUAUUACAAUUGGGCCUUGUGCGCCCCCCACCAUUGAAAGAGUUUUGUGGGUUUAUUGCCGUAUUGCAGGAGGUACUGUAGAUUUUUCUAUACUAGUCCAUUGCUAACACAAAGCAGUCUAAUUCCUUAAAGGUUCUCUGGAGUUCUUAACAUAGCACAAAUACAUGCAAAAUAGAAUGACCCCAGGGUAUUAGAGUGUCUUCAGAGAACAGUUUCCGUUAACUGCAGUAACCUGCAGAGUUGAUUUCAGUAAAAGAACCAAACAAAGAGAGCUUGGAGGGUCUUGUCCUUACAUGCAGUGGAAAUCAUGUUCAAACACCAAUUGAAGGGCUCUGAUAUUUAGCAACACACACUGUCAUCCGGUGUAGUAUUUCAGGAAAGGCUCUUGCAUCAAAUGUUACUUAACAGUGCAGUGAGGCUUUCAACCUUCAGGUUUGCUGACCAAAAUGUCAGGGCUUUUGUAUAUUUGUUCCUGGUUAAGUUUUGAAAGCAGGGUCUAACUUGGAUAAGUGUGAUCAGAGUUCUUGAUUCCUUGAAACUUGCUGUUGCAAUUACUUUUAACUUGCUGUUGGUUGCUAUUGGUUGUGUCCGUUUGUUAAAAUUCCUAUUGCCCCAAUAAAUAAUGUAUUUCUAAGAAACAGAGCAGAAAAAAAUGAAGGCUUCUUUUAAAAUGUUUUAAAUGUUACCAAAAGAUAAAAUAUCAAAUAAACUACAUAAAAGGAAAAAAGGUCAAGCUUACAGGCAUAUAAACUGUGAUAACUUUGUGCAUUUCAAGAUUGUAAUAUUUUUAUAAUACCUUGUCUGUGUUGCAUCACUUAUAACUGGAAAGGUCACCAACAAAAGUUAUCUGCUGUUGCAGAAGGCAGUAAUGGAUGAUUUUCUGUUAGCACUGUGGUACCACAACUAACUGUGGCUGUCAUCUAAAGGGUCUCAUGUAUUGGCGCUCUUCAGCCUCCCACUUCUAGCCUGAUCCACUGUCACUUCCUCUCACAUUACCUAAACUGCUUUUCUUUCAUCUUCAUUCUUUCCUUUCCAUGCAUGAACCAUAGCUAGUAAGUGGCAUUUUACCACUUUGGGGACCAGACUAGAGACUUCUUCUGUACCUAUUAGCAUCAAGCAAUAAAUUGCCAUUCAUGGUAUUGGAUCAUGUUUGUAACUGCUCUUUCAAAGUAUACCAUAUAAAGAUCUAAAGGACACAACUCCUUGCUAAUGAAGCAAGGACUAGAUGUAAACGUUUCUGUACAAUGAAUGGACAGAGAGGUAUCGAAUCAUAAAAAGCCAGAUUUUUUUUACCAUAGCAGAUACCAGAAGGAAUGACCUAAGAUGCAAGCUGUGUGUGCAGAUGCAGAGGUGACUCAAUUGAUGGUAGGAGUAACGCUGUCUCUGCAAGUUUGUGUCACAGACUGACUACAUUCCAUCCAGAAUGUAACCUGAGCUGGAAGCUGUUGGCUAGAGAUGGAACUUGCGGCUGUUUGGGCUACUUUUUAUGAUUUCAAGUGAAGAACUCCAGUUCACAUUAAACCUUUAGCACUGGAUGUCAACCACCUGGCCUGUAUCACACAAUUCCCCAGCUACUUGUAUGCCCAAGUCAGUUCCUGAAUCCAAAGCAUAUUAUUCCGUGCGUUUUUUCCCCUUUCCCCUGCAAUAGCAUUUCAAACUGGAAACACUUUUGUUUAAAAAAAGGGUUGUCUUAGGAGUUAUCAGUUUAGCAAUGUGUUUAUUAUUUGGUUGUCAUAAGCCUGAGUAUUUCUCCACUCAUUUUUUAUUCUGUUACAGUUUCCUCCAUUAACAUCCUUUCCAUUUUUCCUUUCUUCCAAGACUAUAGCCCCAUGAAAUUUCAUGUUCAUAUUUGUGUCGUGUGUCCUUGAUUUAGCUGUAUAUAAGCUAGGAUUUAUUGCUAACAUUUGAGUUAAAUAUUGGGUGCUUUUGUAAUUUAGUCGUAAGCCAUUAUUUUUUGAAAUGUAUUUCUACCCAACUCUAUAGGCAGUUUAAAACACAACUAAAAGUUAUUUAUUGUAAAGUAUGUGGAAAUUAUAAAUGUAUAUAUAUAUACUUAGAAAUGUAUGUGUACAAGUACAGAAUAUAUGCAUACACAUAUUUCUAUGUAAAUAAAAAGAUUUUGUUAAAUCUGU